AUGCCUACCUCAACCGUCUGGCGCCGAAACCACCAUCUGGCAGGGCACCGGGGUGCAAGCCCUGUCCGUCCAUCCGCCGAAGUCAUCGAGCGCCUUUCCCCUGAUCCCGCAAGCGAAACCCCUACCCUCGAAGGCUCAUCGCUCCCUCUGCGAUAUUCACCUCAACAUGGUUACUCAUUAAGAGGACUUGGACUGUCCGACAUUGGAUCGUCCGAGGAUAAUGACUCCGCGCUACAACCAGAUCACCUAUAUUACGACCAGGACGGUGCCGCUCAUAUUGCGGCAAGGAUAAAAGGUGGCGCGAGCACAGUUUAUGGACGCUCUAGAGUUGGGUCACUGGACUGGGCGACGAGAAACUCCAAUCCUACCUCCGGCUUCUUACAGGACAAUCGGCGCCUUCAUGGAAAGGGACAUACGCGUUCCGGCUCUACAAUCGAUGACCUUGCGACUGCCGCAAUUGCAACAAGCCCCGUUUUGGCUAGCGCAGCCACUCUUUCUCUUUCCAAGGAAUACAUCUACAAUACCAACCGCACUUUGACUUCCUAUACUCGGCGCUACAGUCAUGAAGGUCCCUCAAAUGGUCCGCCUGCGAAACGCAUCAAGUCCGAACGAUUGCCGACCCUCGAGUGGUCGCCGCGCGCAGAAAGACCAAAGACAAGCGGUGGAUAUAGCAGUAUACCCGAUGUUGACCACGAAGAUGCACUUCUACUGCUUGAACUGAAGAAUGAGGUCAAUUUCAAAAAUCAUGCAAAUACCCCCAAGCUUGACACGAUGCCCGAGUAUCCACCAUCGACAUCCCCAAGCUCUCCCCAGUCCCCUUUGAAGCUACAGAACCCGCAGCAACAGGAACGUCAGGUCGUGCAUUUACGACAGAGCAUUAAGAGCCGGCCCAGAGAACGAUACCUGAACGAAGAUCUGCCCAAUGUGAGGGAUGGUUCAACAGCAGGGGGUUCCGAGUCUAUCCACAAGGAAACCGCGUAUGAAGGAAAUGCUCUAAAUGCUCUGGAUGCUCGAGCACGAGGGCUCAGAGGACCUCAACCCGCUGUUGAUGCUCUGCCACCUGUAUCUGAAGAACCACUGGAUUCUGCAGUUGCUGAAGCAGAGCCGAUACCCAAGAAGCAGCGUCGCAUAAAGCCGGAGCAGCAAGCCGAGGUUUGCGCGGCAUGUCAGCGUCUACAACUGGACUCCGUGGAUGACGAAGACACGUCUACGUUCUGGAUCAGUUGUGACGCUUGCAAACGUUGGUUCCAUGCCGAAUGCGCCGGUUUCAAGACAAAGGCAGAUGCAAGAAGUGUGGACAAGUAUGUUUGUAAAGACUGUGAACCUAUACAUGGGCAGACUACCUACGUCCGGAAGUCAUCCCGUCCCAGGACUGCCAUUGACUAUGCUGGCCUCAAUCAGGGUGUGGUGAAGUCGUCUGUCGAAACCUCGACCCACCACUACAUCCAACCGAUCAAAGAGGGCAAGAUCAACGUUCUACCCGAUGACUUUGCCCGAAUCAGGCCAGAAUUGCUUACAAUGGAGUUCAUGGAAAGCUUUGAGGGUCUCAAACGCCCCUUUGUGGUUCCAGCUGAAUGGAAUCCUCGGUUUGGUGUAAGACCCGUAUCCGUCCAACGCGAUUCAGCACUUCCUACCCAAGAUGCUGCAGCUUUCACCCUCAUCGACAGCUCCGGUGCUGAAGUGGGUCCCGACAAAACGUCCGCAUCGGACCUCCAAGAAGAAGAGGUCAUUGAUUGCGACCAGGAUUUGCUGGAUAUGGUGAUCCCACGCGAUUUGACAGUCCGAAAAGUGGCCGAGCUCUAUGGUCCCGAAGAGCCCGUGCCUGUGAUCGAUGUAAAGUCUCAGGAGACCAAGGGAUAUUUCACACUCCAACAGUGGGCAGACUACUACGAAUUGGAAGGGGAAAAGCCUAUCCGGAAUGUUAUCAGUCUUGAAGUCUCACACAGUCCACUUGGGAGACUUAUCCGGCGUCCCAAAGUAGUUCGAGAUCUUGAUCUGGACGACCAAGUUUGGGCGGCUGACGCUGAUACCCGGUUGAAGAAAAGACCAGUAUCGUUUUAUUGCCUAAUGUCUGUUGCUGACAGCUACACGGACUUCCAUAUCGAUUUCGGAGGCUCUUCUGUGUACUACCAUAUCCUGCGAGGGACGAAGACGUUCUUCUUCAUCCCUCCUGAAGACAGAUACCUGAAGAAGUACGAAGAAUGGUGCAACUCGGGCUCGCAAAAUGAGACUUGGCUGGGAGACCUUUGCGGUGGCAACUGUACAAGAGUUGACCUCCACGAGGGAGACACAGCGUUUAUCCCUGCGGGCUGGAUCCAUUCUGUUUGGACUCCGGAAGAUAGCUUGGUAAUUGGUGGCAACUAUUUGACUCGUCUGGAUUACGAGAUGCAGCUCAAAGUUGUGAGCAUCGAGAAGGCGACUAAAGUGGCUCCCAAAUUCCGCUACCCUUAUUUCCAGAAGGUCAUGUGGUACGCAUUGAUCAAAUACCUUGACGAUGAUCCUGUACCGGAAGAGGUGUUGGAUGACUUCUACGACGACCCUGACUAUGUCUUCCUCCGAGCGAAUCCAAUCUGGCAUGAAGUCGGAGAGUUUGAGAAUACAGCAGAGCCUGGUGAUCCGGCUUACAAUUCAAGAUAUUACCCGAAGUCUGAGGCGAAUGGUUGGCCGGCAUUAAGAGACUUCCUUUAUCGGACAGCCCGGAUAGACGCAGGUUUGCCAGUGCCAGAUAUCACCAAAAAACAGAUCGACGCGGUCAAGGCAUCCAUACCUAAGGGGUAUGGGGAUCCGCUCAUGAUGAUCAAAAUAUUCGCAAUUUGGUGCGCAUGGAAGAUUGGCAACACCACCGCACCAGACUGGGUUCACUCGGAUAGCAUAGCAGAGCUAGAGGGAGGAGAGAAAUCCAAAAAGGCCGAGCCAUUCCGGGUGCCUGGGGAACGAAUUUCGUCUCGGAGAGUUGCGCAGGCUCAAGCCCAGGCUCAGGCUCAGGCUCUGGCGGAGGCAGCACAAGCCCAACCUCGACCACUUGCUCAGACGCCUCCAGCCAAAAAUGGAUCCAGAGGAAACGGAUUGAGAGUCGCCUGUGAACCUUGCCGGAAACGCCGCAUAAAAUGCCGACACAAGUCAGGUGGCGAAACACCUCGUCGAACGCCAGAGAUUCGGCCAAGGAGUUUCUCGAGUGCUGAUAAUCAUUCCGUAACGGGGGCGGUAGCGUUCACAAAUGGUGCCAUGGGAGACACUGUCUCUCCCGAAGCACGCAUAUCAGACGGUGUUGGUUCGGAAGUUACACAGCCUGAUCCUCAGUCAUCGUCGAAGAAAAGCCGGAGCAAAGCCUGUGAGGACUGCAGGAAGAGCAAGCGUCGUUGUGUACACGAUCAGUAUGGCCGCAUCGAUCCAGCGAAAGUUGCAGAGCCCUCCAAACCUCGUGGAUCGGCGAGUGCGAAACGUGCCACCACUGCCAGCGAGGAGUCGAAGCAAAUAGAGCCAGAAAUUGACAAUUUUGAGGAUUUAAUUGAUCCCGCCCUCACCAAUGGCGACGCCUCGGACUUAGCCAACGAGGUUGAUGAAGAAACUUUUCAUACACCCGGACCGGUGAACAACAGGAACCCUGCUGGCGAUGGCGAACGUGUCGGGGAGGACGUAUCUGCCGCGAACGAGGACGACUCGAUAUUAAUUCCGAUCGACCCCGCCUUAGGGACUACGGAGGAAGAAGCGGUACCCAUUAAAAGUGAGCAUGAUCAAGUUGCAGGAUCAGUGGAUCCAAGCGCCUUGCAACAUGACAACAAUAUUUCCACCCCGAAUGCAGGGCAAAACGGCACAGCCGCGAGCGGCGAGCUUUCCGGUCCUUUUACUUGGACGCUUGGAUCAAGACAGUCGUCUCGGCAACCCAAACAAGUAGAAAGAUACACUCCCGAAGACAAGAAAUCUCCCAGCAAGCCAUAUCCCAAGCCUCAAAGGCACGAUCGACGAGCAUCGAGCGCUGCGAGCGUGCAUACGGUGGUGACGAGUAUCAAGACCGAACGCUCAUCGAGCAACACUUCGGGGACCACGCACCAAAUGGCAGGCAUCAUGACCAGCAAACGCAGUCCAUCCCUGGAUGCCCCUGCUCGACCUCACUAUGCUACAAAUGAGUUUGAUGUCGUGACCAUGGCGAACUUUGUGUACAACAGUCAACUCGAUGCCUUUGAACUCUUCCAUCUGGUCCAAGAAGCAGAUGCGACACGCUCGUCAAUGCGACCGCCGCGAUCUCAUGCUCUGGAAGCCCUGGGCCACGCCCUGUCGGGCUCCUUUGGCGCCUCAAUCUCAAAUGCGGCGCUCUAUCCAAUUGACCUCAUAAUAACACGCCUCCAGAUCCAGCGCCAACUCCGCAAAGACCAGUCACGUCCUGGCGAGGAAGAGUAUAAAGGAUUCUUUGAUGGCCUACAGAAGAUCUACCACAACGAGGGUGGAGUCGCAGGAUUAUAUACGGGCCUGCUACAAGACACGGGCAAGACGAUUGCGGAUUCUUUUCUGUUCUUUUUGAUAUAUUCCUUUUUAAGGGAUCGCCGGAUCGCCAAGCAUACCAGGUUGAAUGGCGGCAAGAAAGUCAGUCUGCCUGCGCUGGAAGAGUUGGGUGUUGGAUUCGUUGCUGGGAGUUUAACGAAGUUGGCAACAGCCCCGAUUGCCAACAUAGUCACAAGGAAACAGGCCGCCGCUCUGCUGAGAGCUUCGGAGGAAGGACAGCAGGAGUCAGCUGGGACGACGCCGACGACGACUCCCACCACCCGACAAAUUGCCCAGGACAUCCUGUCGGAGAAAGGUCCUUUGGGAUUUUGGUCCGGUUAUUCGGCGAGUCUGGUUCUCACGCUCAAUCCGACAAUAACGUUCUUUCUAUUUGAAACGCUCAAAAAGCUUCUCCUCCGCAGAGAAUCCAGGCAACACCCACCACCUAGCCUCACGUUCCUCUUAUCUGCGAUCAGCAAAGCUUGUGCGUCUUCAAUCACAUACCCAUUCAGCCUUGCAAAGUCACGCCUCCAGGCCGGUGGCGCCUCCUCGCAUAAGGAGGAUCAGGACGAAAACGAAGUUAUCAGCGAAGACUUCAAACAUGAAAGAACUAGGAAAGCCGCACGAGCUACAAUCUUCAGUACUGUCCUCACAAUCGCGCAGACUGAAGGUGUCGCCGCCCUAUACGAGGGGUUACAUGUCGAAGUGUUGAGGGCAUUCUUCUCCCACGGAAUCACCAUGCUGGUGAAGCAAAUAUUUCAACGUUUCCUCGUCAGAGCUUACUACCUUGUGUCGGUUAUUCUUGGACGCUACAAGAAGCGCCGUGACGCAAGCGCGAAACGCCUGGCAGAGAAAGCCAAAGUCAGUGUCGAGUACUACAAUCUGGCAAUGGCCCGGGCGUCCGAAAAGAUCGAGGAGGCGGCUGAGAAAGUCAAGGAAAGUGUUGGGAAGAAAGCGAAUGAGACAGCAGAAUUUGUGGGAGAGUAUGUGGAGGAAGAUGACGAGUUGGGAGAGAAGUGGAAGGAGCUGUAUGGGACGGUGGGGUUGUCCAGGUGGUUCGACAAGGUGAGUGAUGAGAGAUGA